AUGAACGCAGCAUGGGAGGUGAGGAUGAGGAUGUAUGCGAGGAAUCACGUCAUGUUCGCAGUGGGCCUGAUGAUUGUGAGCACCCUUUUCUUCAUCGCGCACUUCAACAGCUUCCUGCAGCAGGCCAAGCCGCAGGGGAAGCCCCCAGGUUGGAGGAUGAGGGAGGAGGUGGACGCUGAGGAGGCGCCGCGAUCCAAUCCGCCCAGCACAAGGCCCACGGCACUGACCAUUGUGGUUCUCACCAGCGAUCGCCCGAAGAGCCUGGAGAGGCUGCUUGUCUCUCUCACCUCGGCAACGUACAGCCCCGGGGAGAGGAUAGACCUGAUCGUGAGACAGGACAUGCCAAGCAGCGGUGUGCUGUGCGCGGAGACAUCACGCCUUCUGCACAGGCUGCGCUGGCUGCAUGGGACACUCGAGCACGUGCAGGAGACCGAACCGAGGGGGAGAUUGCAGAUGUGGCAACGCUCGUACACCCCGCUUUCCUCCACCGACUACUUCCUGAUACUCGAGGAUGACAUCGAGGUCAGCCGCUUCUACCUCCGUUGGAUCCUGGUCGCGUUGCCUCACUUCAGAUCCGACGCGACGAUCUUCGGGAUCUCGCUUGUGAGGCCCACGGAGCGCGGGAUCGAUUAUCUGGGGCUGGGUGAUGUUUCCUCCAGCGUUCCCGUCACCGCCAACGCGGUCAAGUACAAGAUGCCAACGCUGCAGGCACUCGCUCCCAUACCCAAGCACUGGAAGGCCUUCCGCAGAUGGAUGGCCCGCACCACGGAGGAGGACGCACAGUUCGAUCCCACCGCGGUUGAUGAAUUCGAGAUCCAAGACCUGACGGUUUUCCAGCGGUUCCAGGCGCUCAAGAAGAACGGGUUGCAGCAUCUGCAAUGGGAUGCGUACCUGGCAAGGUACAUGAUAGAUUCCGGGCUCUUCAUGCUACACCCAUGGCCUUCCGGUGGUGGGGCGCUCGCCCGGUGUUGGAACGAGAUCGGCUUGGUGACGCCCAGGCGACCGCCGCUCGUCGACCUGCUCGACGCCUGGCAGCCACACCUGCUGCGCUGGAGGCAGCGAACAGUGAUCCGACUCGACCUCACGGGGAGGGUCAUGUAA